AUGCCUCCUCUGUCGGCCUACACUCCUUUCGAAUCCUUGCUCUUCUUUCAGUCCCUCGCGACCUCUGACGUGCGCCCGGCAAGCUUUGCGUCUAUCUCGAGCCUGCUGAGCGACAACCCGUUAGUUCGUGAAAAUGUCGCGUUUAGCGCCGAUCGCUUAAGCCCAGAGGCCUUAGAAGACUUGUAUUCAACCUUGCUCCGUGAUGGAUUUGAUCGAGACACGACCAAAGGCUCCAAUGGAGUACCAGCAGAGAGUCCGAACGCAAUUAACUCGAAGAAGCGAAAGAUAUCUAGCCCACGACCAGAAGGAUUGUCAGAUGGAGUCACCCAUGCCGUCCGGGUGCCGGAGCUGGUGUCGCAUCUCUACGCACGGUACAGAGAGUUAGUGACGAAGGAAAUCCGAGAGAGUGAAAGAGAAUACGAUGCAAUCCAGGACCAAAUCCAACGCAUCAAGAAGGAGGAGGAGAAACCACCGGCCCCAGCCGAAGCAACGACCGUUGCUACGCCGCCAGUCGCAAAGCCAGAACGCCCAGAACCGAUGGAUGUGGAUGUGAAGCAGGAAACCCCGCGACGCGAACGCCCUGGACCGAUAGCUAUCCCACCAGCCGCAACAGCAUUUGGAAAAGCUACGGCGAAAUUGCCUAACAAGGCACCUGUACCGGCUCAAAAUUCAAAAGAAGGCCAACCUCCACCUGCUCAGCCGUCUGGCAAACCCAUAGCACCAGUGCCACAAUCACAGCUGCCACCUUCAGCUGUUCAAGCCGCACCGAAUGCCCUGCCAUCACCAAUCGCGCCCCGGACUCAAGUAGCUCCUACAACGCCUGCUCCAACACAGAGACCUACUGCCGCACACCCCUCACAAGUCGCACCGCGCCCGAUCACUGUGAAGCCUGGUGUUCCUGACAUUGCCUCGACCCCUCAAUCAACUCCUGCUCAGUCAAGCUUUCAGCAAUGGCAGCUUGAUCCGCCUCCCAAAUCUCCAUACUCCGCCAUUUCACCUACCACUACCCCACAAGUCAACUCCACAGCCGCCAAACAACCUUUACCACCCCCCGCCAUACCCGCAAGUCAGCACAGGCCCUCGGUCCCCACUAUACCCAGCACCCCGGGGCCAUCAACAUCCGCUGCUCAAACCCCUGUUCCUAUCGGUCGUCCGCACAUCUCACAGACCCCGGGUGUUGUCAUCCCUUCGUUCUCCGAAUCACGUAGUUCACGGCCUCGGCUCUCGAUUGAUACCCCAGGCUCCUCGACACCAUGGAAGCGAACCCCACGUUUGAGCAUUCCGGACUCCCCGGCAUCGCCAGUCCGUCCUCUGCCCGAAGAUGUCAGUCCAAUAAGCGAGAGAGCACCCUCGCCCGAUGGCAUGGAGAUGUCACCUCCCCGGGGCAAGAAAACUCGCCGAGGACAGGCUGCAGAUCAGAAACCAUCUGCAACACCUAAAACUGAGAAACCUUCUUCCACGCGGAAGAGGCGUGCCGUGAGCUCCGCCUCUACACAGAGCCGAGGGCGAUCCGUAGCAUCGCGUGGCAGGUCUCCUCUGCAGACGGACGAUGCAGAGCGUGACGUGCGCUCCUCGAAGCGCCAGAAGGGUACGACAACAAGCGCAGAGGAGACUCCAAAGGCUCGUUCCAAGCGCAAGCGAGGAGCCAGUGAAUCUGCGGAGCAAGAAUCUGCUCCUCCAGAAGCCAUUAAAUUUGACUCAUCACGAUAUGUGAUGUGUGCUCGCGGUUUCCAUCGUACCGCCGGGACAAUUCUGAACGACGUGACCACCCACAAGCUUGCCUCUAUUUUCGCCAAACCGUUGGGUGAACGAGAUGCUCCAGGCUACCACGAUCUUAUCUAUCGACCUCAGGAUCUCAAGACGAUCAAGUCUGCUGUUCACCAAGGCAGCAAGGCUGUGGCCACGGCAACAGAGGCAGUCAGCACUCCCGCGGGUGACAGUGAAUCUCCUGCACCCGUUGCUGGAGCAUCAUCUAAAAACAAUGCACUCAUGCUGCCGAAGACGGAAGACCUCCUUCCUCCAAAGGGUAUUGUGAACUCGGGACAAUUAGAAAAAGAGUUUAUCCGCAUGUUUUCCAACGCUAUCAUGUUCAAUCCCGUUCCUGAACGCGACUUUGGUCCUCAUUUCCCAAUGAUCAACGAUCGUGGCUCUCGCGAGAGCUCUCAGUCAGGCGAUGGUGAUGAAGGCGGCAUCAUUCAAGAUUCUAGGGAAAUGUUUGAAGAUGUCGAGCAAGCCGUCAUUCGAUGGCGCGCUGCUGAACGGGCCUCGGAGCGAGCAUCGGAGGAGUUGGCUCAUAAGAAUCUUCUUGCCCUUCGCCGUCCGAGUGUCAGUGAUAUGAAUACAGAUAGUGCCGAUGAUGCCAAAGGGUGA